AUGCCUAAUUUAAUAAGCGGACGUCUUCUAUUUGAAAGCUUUACUAAAGAUCAAAUAGAUUUUAAUGCCUGUUCAAACUGUAAGCUUCUCUCAGCACGUGCUAUAUUUCAAGCUAAAAACUUCGAAAACAUUCCUAGUAUCUAUUUCUUAACUACUGUUGAUUUCAUUUUCAUACAAUUGAUAACUGUUAGUUCAAAUAACACACUACUGUACGAUGAUUUUCAUCGUAAAAGUUUGUCAUCUCUUCUUGCAAAACAAGUAGACAGUAAGAAAGCAACAUCAUCAUUCUUAUUGGAAGAAAAAUUACCUUUAUGUGUUGAAUAG